ACACCCCAAUUUGUUUCUAGGUGUUGGCUGCCAAUUGUAGAGUGCAAAUGAAAAGUUACGGAUUGGUUUUCGUUAAAAUUUUCAGUUACAUGUGUAUUAAAAUCUGAAUCUAUCGACGGAAAUUUGGUUUUUCUUGUUAAAGUUGACGUUGCGUUUCAGCAUUAUACGCAGCGGUGGUGGUGCAAAAAUUGCGAUUUUGGUGUACAAAAAAGCAAAAGAAGGAAUAUCCAACCAACAGAGGCAAGAAAGCAAUCGAAAGGACGGGCAACAUACAGUAAAAUUUGUAUUUCUAUCUUGUAACACUCAAGAUACGCUGUUUUUUUUUGUGUAAUUAGUGCUGCUCCCCGACACACAACACCCUUUUUAACAACAUUCCGAGUUGAAUGAAAGGAUUCCGAACACAACAGUUUUCACAGCCGUAUUUGAGACACAUACUAAGAGCAAGUGGAGGAGCAGGAGCAGGUGACUUGACUGCAUUAAAACCAGAAAAGCCCGAAGAGAAGAUAGAUAGUUGAAGUAUGCGAACAAAAUGUAUUUAACAAAGCAAAGAAAUUUCUAAAGCUCCAACUGUGCGGCAGCGACGUUAACAACAAAUUUUAACGGAAGUGGAGGAUACCGACAACAACAACAACAACAACCACAAUAGCAACAGCAACAACAAAAGAUCACCGGUCUAAAUAAACGCAGGAGUAAAAUGUGUGAAUAAGUGUAAUAGCCGAAUGAAAAUAAUAACGAGUUAAUGAUUUAACCAAAAAGCAACUAGAGACGACGACCGUGCACAAAAUAAUCGAAUCGUUGUAUGUAAGCAUCUCAUCCUACAAAGCUACAUAUUUAUUAAAAUAAGCUUCGACCUUCCUACAAAAUCAACAAGAACAACAACAACAAAUCCGCCUUCUGCUACGCCCGCUGCACUGCAUCUGCAUCUGUAAAACGAACACACAGGAUUUGGGAACGCACGCCGGUCGCGCCGUGUACAUACAAAACAAACGAAUCGAGGAAGAGAGGAUACCAAUAAUACCAUCUAACGAAAGAUGAAUGAACUAGACAGUCUCAGGCAGGAAGCCGAAUCCCUCAAAAAUGCUAUCCGGGACGCUAGAAAGGCCGCCUGCGACACAUCACUGUUGCAAGCAGCCUCCUCGCUGGAACCCAUCGGACGCAUACAGAUGCGCACCCGGCGUACAUUACGCGGACACUUGGCGAAGAUCUAUGCCAUGCAUUGGGGCAACGACUCUAGAAAUCUCGUUUCCGCCUCACAGGACGGUAAGCUAAUCGUGUGGGACUCGCAUACUACGAACAAAGUCCACGCCAUUCCACUGAGAUCCUCAUGGGUUAUGACCUGUGCGUAUGCCCCAUCUGGGAGCUAUGUGGCCUGCGGCGGCCUCGAUAAUAUGUGUUCAAUUUACAACCUAAAAACGCGCGAAGGUAAUGUCCGUGUGUCCCGAGAGCUGCCGGGUCAUGGUGGCUAUCUAUCAUGCUGCCGUUUCCUCGACGACAAUCAGAUCGUGACCAGCUCGGGCGAUAUGUCGUGCGGGCUGUGGGAUAUCGAAACGGGCUUGCAAGUCACCUCCUUUUUGGGUCACACUGGAGACGUUAUGGCCCUGUCAUUGGCACCCCAAUGCAAAACCUUUGUGUCCGGCGCCUGCGAUGCCUCCGCCAAGCUCUGGGACAUCCGAGAGGGAGUUUGCAAGCAAACCUUCCCCGGUCACGAGUCGGAUAUCAAUGCAGUUACCUUUUUCCCCAAUGGACAAGCAUUUGCAACCGGAUCAGACGACGCCACCUGUCGACUCUUCGACAUUCGUGCCGAUCAAGAGCUGGCCAUGUACUCCCACGACAACAUCAUCUGUGGCAUCACCUCUGUGGCAUUUUCAAAGAGCGGACGCCUGUUACUAGCAGGAUACGACGACUUCAACUGCAACGUCUGGGACACGAUGAAGGCGGAGCGAUCCGGCAUACUUGCCGGCCACGACAACCGUGUAUCGUGUCUGGGCGUCACCGAGAACGGCAUGGCGGUGGCAACAGGAUCGUGGGACUCUUUCCUGCGCGUAUGGAACUAAAAACAAAGAGAAGAACUUCAAACUUCAUUAAAAAAACAAAAAGUAAAAAAGUAAAAAGGGUGGGGGUGGGGUCAACGGUUGCGCAGUCUGCGGCGAUAGUGUUACUGCACCAUUCAUCCAUCUUACAUUGUGAUCUGAUGUAAAUGGCAUGUGAAUGGUGUUGCCACCUUCCCGUGCGUGGUUUAUAUAAAAUGAUGACGGACGGACGAAGACGACGACGACUCGACGAGGACGAAGACGUUUUGAAUAUGUGGGUGUGGGCGCAGCUAGUUGACUAGAACGUAGACCACAACAACAAAGAACUUUAUAUACAACAUUAUUUAUAUUGCUAUAUACUUAUUAACUAAAAUUAUACAAAGAAGGAAAAAAAACAAAGUGCAGACAUACGCAGCAAACAUACAUACAAAUAGACAUACACACACACACAUGCAAACACACGCACACACACACAACCAACACACAAAAACACACACGCAUACAAGAAUAUUAUUAGUGUAAAUGGGAAAUUCAAGCAAAAAACAAAACGAAAAGAAGCAAAGAGAGAAAAGAAGAGAAGAGUAAUGAAAAGGAUGCGCCCGCUGAUAUUCAGUCAGUUGUGUAGUAGUCAGAAUUCCGGGUACAACAGCUACAGUUUAAAAACGUACGUAAUGUAAACUUAGUUCAAAUCGUGUAUUUGAGUGUGCACACGCACGCACGUGCAUGCCUGAUGAAACCUUGAACAAUGUAAGGGAAAACAACGGUAUCAUUAUGAACAGCAUACAUAUGCAUGUAUGUAUACAUUGUCUUCUGCGUAUAAUACAUAAACUUCAGAAAAAAUGGGAUCCUGAUUAAGCGAAGUCAAAGAGGUAAAAUAAAGUAAAAGCAUUUAAAAAAAAAAAAAA